AUGAGAGAUCCUAAACGUCGUAGUUUAAUGUUUGAUUAUCUAAAUCGUUAUGAAUAUGAUAUAGCAUUGUUGCAAGACACCAGGAUACUCAACAAUCGGGAAUGCAUGCAGUGGAAUGCUGAAUGUCGAUGUCGAGGAUUUUGGAGUGUUGGAACUGUUCAUAGUCGGGGUGUUGGUAUCUUAAUCCGUGAUCCUGCGAAAUUCGAGGGUAUCUCGUUUGAUGUUGACUUUGACGGUAGGUGUGUGUUUGCGAUUUGACUUUUAAUGGAACACCUUUGCGGGUUGUCAAUAUUUAGGCUCCUGCCGUUGGUACAGAUCGGUUGAAUUUCUUGUCGCAGCUGGACAAAUAUUUGUUAACCCGCCGUAAAAUGAUCAUGGGCGGGGACUUUAAUUUGGUUUUAGAUAUAGCUAUGCACCGUUUCGGUGGAAAUCCUCACGGGAGUAUUGGUAGCCCAGAAUUGAAGCGGUUGUUAUCAAAAUAUCAUUUGAUUGAUAUCUGGAGACAUCAACAUCCAUCAUUGAAAACUUGUACUUGGUCCAACGCGGACCGUUCUAUAAUGUCGCGGUUGGAUAAAUUUUACAUUUCUGUGGAUUUGGUGGAUGAUAGUAAGAUAGUAACUGGAAUUCAACCAUGUCACUUAUCUGAUCAUGAUUUGGUUUCCUUUAAUAUUUUUGAUACGAAUCACGUUAUUACGUGGGAUCGGGGUGUUUGGAAAAUGAACACUUCUCUCCUCAAGCAUGAAAAACUGCGAACUGAGAUUCUAUCUUUCUGGUCAGACUGGACUGAGGCGAAGAUGUUAUUCAGUGAUGUCGGGGAGUGGUGGGAUGAAGGCAAAGCUGAAAUCAAACAUAUUAUUAUUGAGUAUAGCAAAGCUGUCAGGCGGCAAAUAAAUGAACAGCGAGUCCAUCUUAUGAACAAGUUCCAUCGUCUGUCGGAGAAAACAAAUUUGUCACCUCAUGAAUUAGAACAGUUGCAGCGUGUUCGGUCCGAUUUAUGUGAACUUGAUUCUCAGAGAUUGGAGGGGGCAAAAAUUCGGAGUCGUGUUAGAAUCAUCAGGAAUAAUGAGAAGCCUUCACGCUUCUUUUUCCAACGUGAACGGUCCAAUGCAUCUAAGAAACUGGUUACUGCGUUGAACACAGUCAAUGGUCGUGUCACGGAAUCCGACGGGAUAAUGAAAGAACAGGUGCGGUUUUAUCAAAACUUAUAUACUGCCCAAUUGGUUGACGCUCGUGCGCAGGAGGAGGUGCUCCUUUCCAUUGAUCGUAAGCUGUCCGAAGAAGAGAAGUUAACCCUUGAGGCGUUCCUUUCUGAGGAGGAAUGUCUAGCUGCCCUUCAUGCCAUGCCGGCACUUCGAACACCGGGCUCUGAUGGUCUCCCGAAAGAGUUUUACGUUUGUUUUUGGGAAACACUGAAGAGUGACUUUGUGUUCAUGGUCAAUUCGUGUCUAGAUAAAGGCGAGCUCCCUCUCUCACUUCGUCGUGCGGUUAUCACUUUGUUAUUUAAGAAAGAGGAUCCAGAAAACCUUAAGAACUGGAGGCCGAUGUCGUUAUUAAACGUUGAUUAUAAAGUAAUUGCAAAGGUGAUUACUCAACGUCUUCGAGUAGUUAUGCCGUCUCUAAUUCAUCCUGAUCAAUCUUGUGCUGUGCCUGGCAGAUCAUCGGAAGAUAAUGCAACUCUGCUUAGAGACAUUUCAGACUAUGUACAAUCAAACAAUCUUAAAUGUGCUUUCAUUGCUAUUGAUCAAGAAAAGGCUUUCGAUUACGUUGACUGGGGUUUUAUGCACAAGGUACUAGCUCGCAUGAAUUUUGGUCCAAUCAUUCGUGGAAUUAUUAAAUGUCUGUAUACGCGUGUCCAAAGUGCUAUUCUUAGUAAUGGAACUUUGUCUGAGUUCUUUGAUGUUCAUAGAGGAGUUCGCCAGGGAUGUCCGUUAUCCCCCUUGCUUUUUGUUCUUGUUUCGGAAUGCUUUGGACAACUGGUUAGAUCUUGCAAAGAAAUACAGGGUCUUACGUUGCCCGGCGGACGUGAAUCGAAGAUCAGUCAAUAUGCUGACGAUAACACUUGUUUCGUCACUAACGAUUAUGGCCUUUUGAAAGUGCUUGACGUUUUUGAACAGUAUGGACGUGCGAGUGGCGCUAAAUUGAAUCGAACCAAGUCUAAGGGUCUUUGGCUCGGACGGUGGAGACAGCGAUCCGAUUCCCCUGGAGGGCUGAUGUGGUCGAAUAGCACUAUCAAAAUCGUUGGAUUUCAUUUUGGGGAUGAGAGUGCUUUUGCAAAAACAUGGGAAGCUGGAAUGGCGAAGUUUUCCAAUGUUUUGACGGGAUGGAAGUCGCGUUUCCUGACGCUGCGAGGUAAAUGUACUGUCUUCAACUCCUUGGCGGCAGCCUCUGUUUGGCACCUAGUCCGGAUUUACCCACCUACUCGAGAGAUUCUGGACGUUUUGCGGAAAGCGAUGUGGAAAUUUAUUUGGUCCAAUAAACCUGAACUCGUACGUCGGGAAAUUUGUGUCUCUGAUCUAACUUCUGGUGGCUUGAAAGCAGUAGAUAUCGAAACGCGGAGCAAGUGUUUAUUAAUUCCACGUGUAUUUAAGUUCUUAGAGAAGGGGGCGGCCCCUUGGAAGGAUUUGAUGCGAUAUUAUAUUGGGCGAUCUAUUGGUGUCAAUGAUAAUAGUAAGCCUAAUUGUGACACACCUUCUGAAUUUUACGGCAUUGUUCUUCGAGUCUUGCGGGAAUUGCAAGUGGAUGUAGCCACUCCCAAGUCGUCGAGCUAUUUCUAUGUCAAAGCAAUUACUAAUAAAGUCAUCCCCGUUAGACCAGCAUGUCAAAUAAAGUGGGAUACAAACUUCCGUGGAUUGAUUUGGAAGGAUAUUUGGAAACGUAUUCAUUCGGGGUUGGAAGAUCCAGUAUUACGUGACUUUUAUUGGCGAACAGUGCAUCUCGUGCUCAAUGUAAACACAGUCCUCAACAAACGGAAUUCGCGUAUCCCUGCGACUUGUUCUUGGUGUAACAAUAGAUGGGAAAGCCUGGCCCAUGCACUUAUCCAUUGUCCAUUUGUUGAAGAAUUAUGGCAUUUUGUUUUACGUAUUUGCAACAGCAUUGAUCAGUCAAUAACAGUGUUUUCAGAAGGGGCUCUUUUAUUAGGAGACACUGGUUCAAGGAUUAACAGUGACUUAACCAGAUAUCUUAUCUCAGUUGCGAAGUUUGCCGCGUGGAAAGAACGGAACUCGUAUCAAUUUAACUGUGAUCAGAAGAUUUCUUGUCUUCUCUAUUUUAAGUAUUAUGUGUCGAACAGGUUGAAAAUGGAAUUUUUUUAUUUAAAUCGGGACAUGUUUCGUGCCACCUGGUGUGUAAAUGAUGUUUUAGGCAAAGUUGUUGGACAAAAACUUGUGUAA